AUGAGAAUCGUUCCGCCUAUACUAUUGAAGCAAACAAAGAAAUUAGUGACUCCAAAGAACAUGACCAGAGCAACUAAGUAUUAUGAUAUUGGGUUAAAUUUAACGGAUCCAAUGUAUCAAGGGAUUUAUAACGGUAAAAAAUAUCAUGAAUCUGAUAUUAAACAAGUACUCAAUCGUGCCGUUGAUCGUCAUGUUAAAUGUGGGUUAUUAACUGGAUCAUCAUGGAAGGAAUCUAACCAAGCCAUUGCCUUGUCACAUAAAUAUGGUGAAGGCACUGGUGUGAAAUUAUAUUAUACCAUUGGUGUCCAUCCUUGUUGUGUUAAUGAAUUUGCCAUGGAGGAUUCAAUGACAAUUGAUAAUCCAACACACGAUGAAAAAUUUAAUGAAUCAUUGAUUCAUGAUAUCCUUAGGGAAGGUUCCGAGAAGAAUAAAGUUGCUAUUAAGAAAUUACGUCAAUUGUAUGAAUUAAUUGAAAGACAAUUACAAGAUGAUAAAGAACGAUUCCGUGCAGUAGGUGAGAUUGGAUUGGAUUAUGACCGAUUCCAUUAUUCAAGUAAACAACUACAAUUGGUUUUCUUUGAAGAACAAUUGAAAUUAAGUUGCCUUAUUCGUGAUCCUAAAUUAUCACUGUUUUUGCAUAUGAGGAAUUGUUCUAAUGAUUUUGUUACCAUCUUAAAGAAAUUUAUUGAUGGGUUUGAAGAUUUGGAAGAUCCGUUUAAUUGGAAGGGUAUGUUUAAUACAAGGCAAGCUAUUUCUUAUAAAUUUGAUAAGGAUAGGAAAUUUGUUGUCCAUUCAUUUACAGGUUCAGAGGAAGACAUGAAUAAUAUUUUAAACUUAUCAUCAAAUUGUUAUAUAGGGAUGAAUGGAUGUUCAUUGAAAAUUGAAGAAAACAUAGAAUGUGCUAAGAAAAUCCCACUUACAAGGCUCUUAUUAGAAACAGAUGCACCAUGGUGUGAAAUUAGGAGGACACAUGAAUCAUUUAAAUAUUUGAAAGAAUUUAUCAUUCCUUAUAAAUCUGUGAAAAGAGAUAAAUUAGCUAAAUUGUCCAUGGAAGAUGAUUGGCCUACUACUAUGAUUAAGUCAAGAAAUGAACCUUGUACCAUGGAACAAGUUGCUACCGUUGUAGCGAAUGUCAAAGAACUGAAUAUAGAUGAAGUAAUGGAGCAGGUCUGGGAAAAUUCAUGUAAAAUAUAUGGUGAAUGA